AGGGGGAUAGACCGGGCAGCUGCAGGCUCCGGCGACGAGGCCGAGCUGGGGCCGGGGCGGGGACGGCGGCGGCGGCGGCGGCGGCGGCGCCGGGUGGGGAUGGGGUCGCAGACGCUGCAGAUCCUCCGGCAGGGGGUGUGGGCCGCACUCAGCGGGGGCUGGUACUACGACCCGCACCAGGCCACCUUCGUGAACGCGCUGCACCUCUACCUGUGGCUCUUUCUGCUCGGCCUGCCCUUCACCCUGUACAUGGCCCUUCCUUCUUCCAUGAUUAUAGUAGCAGUUUAUUGUCCUGUGGUAGCUGCUGUUUUCAUUGUUCUGAAGAUGGUCAACUAUCGACUACACAGAGCACUGGAUGCUGGAGAAAUUGUAGAUAGGAGUGCAAAUGAGCUCACAGAUCAGCGAGCCAAAGCUGAACAAGGCAACUGUUCAACCAGGAGAAAAGAUAGCAAUGGACCUAGUGAUCCUGGUGGAGGGAUUGAAAUGUCUGAAUUCAUUCGGGAGGCCACACCUCCAGUUGGUUGCAGUUCAAGAAAUUCUUAUGCUGGUCUAGAUCCAAGCAACCAGAUUGGAUCUGGUUCCUCUCGUCUUGGAACAGCAGCAACUAUUAAAGGAGACACAGACACUGCUAAGACAUCUGAUGAUAUCAGUUUAAGUCUGGGCCAGAGCUCUAGUCUUUGUAAGGAAGGAAGUGAAGAACAAGAUUUGGCAACUGAUAGGAAGCUCUUCCGUCUGGUCUCCAAUGAUUCCUUCAUCUCCAUUCAGCCUUCUUUGUCCUCUUGUGGACAGGACUUGCCAAGGGACUUCAGUGACAAAGUGAGUCUGCCAAGUCAUAGCCACCACCACCACAUCGAUCAGUCUCUGUCCAGCGCCUGUGACACAGAAGUAGCCUCUCUUGUACCUUUACAUUCACAUUCUUACAGGAAAGAUCACCGGCCGCGAGGUGUACCACGGACUUCCAGCUCUGCUGUGGCCUUUCCUGAUACUUCACUGAAUGACUUCCCUCUUUAUCAGCAAAGACGUGGGUUAGAUCCAGUAAGUGAGUUAGAAUCUUCAAAACCUCAUUCUGGAUCCAAAGAAUCCUUGGUGGAAAAUACUUGUCUACCUGGGGAAUUCCAGCUUGCUGGUGAUCUGAAAAACAGUAAUUCUCAGCCACCCACAAAAAGUGGGAAGAGCAAAGCUCUAAAUGCAGACAAAAGCAUGGACAGCCUGAGGAGCCUGAGCACACGGAGUAGCGGGUCAACAGAGAGCUAUUGUAGCGGCACAGACCGUGAUACCAACAGUACUGUCAGCAGCUAUAAAAGUGAGCAGACUAGUUCCACUCACAUAGAAAGCAUCUUGUCAGAGCAUGAAGAGUCUCCUAAAGUGGGAAAGAAAAGUGCUAAGAAAAAAGAGUGCUGUGCUGACUCAGAGAAGAGUUGCUGUGCCAGUGACAAAAGGACUAACAGUGACAAGACUGCCCUGGAAGUGAGUACAAAUAGUGGGGCUCCUGAGGCCCAGGAUUCUCAGGCCUCUGAUGAGAUGCACAACCAGAGAGGGCUCAGCACCUCUGCAUCUGAAGAAGCCAAUAAAAACCCCCAUGCAAAUGAGCUUAUUGCACCAGAGGACCCAACCCCUGAGAAACCUGCUGAAAAUAAAGAAGAGCAGAAUGAGACGCCUGUCACUUUGGUGGAUUUAAAAGUUUGUAAAGAUACUGGUGGAAAGCAGAAGGAAGGGGAUGUACGACCCAAAUCCUCUAGCUUAAUCCACCGGACAGCCUCUGCCCACAAGUCAGGCAGGAGAAGGACAGGAAAGAAACGAGCCAGCAGUUUUGACUCUAGUCGACACAGGGACUAUGUUUCUUUUCGAGGUGUUUCUGGAACCAAACCACAUAGUGCUAUAUUUUGUCAUGAUGAGGAUUCUAGUGAUCAAAGUGACUUGAGUAGAGCAUCAAGUGUCCAUUCUGCUCAUCAGUUCAGCAGUGACAGCUCUUCUAGCACUACUUCUCAUUCGUGCCAAUCUCCUGAGGGCAGAUAUAGCGCUCUAAAGACCAAACACAUUCAUAAGGAAAGGGGUACAGACUCUGAACACUCACAUAGAGCUCAUCCUGGUCCUGAAGGAACUGGCAAAAAGAGGGCUACACGACGGACUUCCAGCACAAAUAGUGCCAAGACUCGUGCCCGAGUGUUGAGCUUGGACAGUGGCACAGUAGCAUGUUUGAAUGACUCAAAUAGGCUAAUGGCACCUGAAAGUAUAAAGCCCUUAACCACUUCAAAAUCAGAUCUUGAGGCCAAAGAGGGAGAGGUGCUGGAUGAGCUGUCUUUAUUGGGACGGGCUUCCCAGUUAGAAACAGUCACUCGAUCUAGGAAUAGUUUGCCAAGCCAGGUUGCAUUUCCUGAAGGGGACGAGCAAGAUGCAGUCAGUGGAGGUAAGUUCUCUUCUACACUCUAUGAGACUGGUGGCUGUGAUAUGUCACUUGUGAAUUUUGAACCAGCAGCAAGAAGAGCAUCUAAUAUCUGUGACACGGAUUCUCAUGUAUCCAGUUCUACCUCAGUUCGAUUUUAUCCACAUGAUGUGAUUCGGUUGAAUAGGCUGUUGACCAUUGAUACAGAUUUGUUGGAGCAACAGGACAUUGAUCUGAGUCCUGACUUGGCAGCCACUUAUGGUCCAACAGAAGAAGCUGCCCAAAAGGUUAAACACUAUUACCGCUUUUGGAUCCUGCCCCAGCUGUGGAUUGGCAUUAACUUUGAUAGACUCACACUUUUGGCGCUGUUUGAUAGAAAUCGUGAGAUCCUGGAAAAUGUGUUAGCUGUCAUUCUGGCUAUUCUUGUGGCUUUUUUGGGAUCUAUUCUUCUCAUACAAGGCUUCUUCAGAGACAUCUGGGUCUUCCAGUUCUGCCUGGUCAUAGCCAGCUGUCAGUACUCGCUACUCAAGAGUGUUCAACCAGAUUCUUCUUCGCCCAGGCAUGGUCAUAAUCGUAUCAUUGCUUACAGUAGACCAGUUUACUUCUGUUUAUGUUGUGGUCUAAUUUGGUUCUUGGAUUAUGGUAGCAGAAACCUUACUACAACCAAGUUCAAAUUAUAUGGAAUAACAUUCACCAAUCCACUGGUAUUUGUAUCAGCCAGGGAUUUAGUUAUAGUGUUUACACUCUGUUUCCCAAUAGUGUUUUUCAUUGGCCUUCUGCCUCAGGUGAAUACAUUUGUAAUGUACCUUUGUGAACAAUUGGAUAUUCAUAUUUUUGGUGGUAAUGCUACUACAAGCCUGCUUGCAGCACUUUACAGUUUUAUCUGUAGCAUUGUGGCAGUAGCCUUAUUGUAUGGAUUAUGUUACGGAGCUUUAAAGGAUUCAUGGGAUGGUCAACAUAUUCCAGUACUUUUCUCCAUUUUUUGUGGCUUAUUAGUGGCUGUAUCCUAUCAUCUCAGCCGACAAAGCAGUGAUCCAUCUGUACUUUUCUCUUUGGUACAAUCCAAGAUUUUUCCAAAAACAGAAGAAAAAAAUCCGGAAGACCCUCUGUCUGAAGUAAAAGACCCACUGCCUGAGAAACUUAGGAAUUCUGUUAGUGAGCGUUUACAGUCUGACUUAGUGGUAUGCAUUGUAAUUGGUGUGCUGUAUUUUGCUAUUCAUGUAAGCACGGUGUUCACAGUAUUACAGCCUGCUCUCAAGUUUGUGUUAUAUGCAUUGGUUGGCUUUGUGGGUUUCGUAACCCACUAUGUGCUGCCUCAAGUUAGGAAACAGCUACCAUGGCAUUGUUUCUCUCAUCCUCUGCUGAAGACCGCAGAGUACAAUCAGUAUGAAGUUCGAAAUGCAGCUACUAUGAUGUGGUUUGAAAAACUUCAUGUGUGGCUUCUUUUUGUUGAGAAGAAUAUCAUCUAUCCACUGAUUGUUCUCAAUGAACUUAGUAGUAGUGCAGAGACAAUUGCCAGUCCAAAGAAACUGGAUACAGAAUUAGGUGCUUUAAUGAUCACCAUUGCUGGCUUGAAGUUGCUGCGAUCCUCUUUUAGCAGCCCUACGUAUCAGUAUGUCACAGUCAUCUUUACUGUGCUCUUUUUCAAAUUUGACUAUGAAGCUUUUUCAGAGACCAUGCUAUUGGAUCUCUUCUUCAUGUCCAUACUGUUCAGCAAGCUUUGGGAACUCCUCUAUAAGUUGCAGUUCGUAUAUACCUACAUCGCCCCGUGGCAGAUUACAUGGGGUUCUGCUUUCCAUGCGUUUGCUCAGCCCUUUGCAGUGCCUCAUUCAGCCAUGCUGUUUAUUCAGGCUGCUGUAUCAGCUUUCUUCUCUACUCCACUAAACCCUUUUCUAGGAAGUGCAAUAUUUAUCACUUCUUAUGUUCGGCCUGUGAAAUUCUGGGAGAGAGAUUAUAACACAAAACGAGUAGAUCAUUCAAAUACCAGAUUGGCUUCCCAGCUUGAUAGAAAUCCAGGAUCAGAUGACAAUAAUCUGAAUUCCAUCUUCUAUGAACAUUUAACCAGAUCCCUGCAGCACAGCCUCUGUGGUGAUUUGUUACUGGGACGGUGGGGAAACUACAGUACUGGGGAUUGUUUCAUCCUUGCCUCUGACUAUCUCAAUGCAUUAGUACACCUUAUAGAAAUAGGCAAUGGUCUUGUCACUUUCCAGCUGCGGGGCCUGGAAUUCAGAGGUACCUACUGUCAACAACGGGAAGUAGAGGCCAUUACUGAAGGUGUAGAAGAAGAUGAAGGAUUUUGCUGUUGUGAACCUGGCCAUAUUCCUCAUGUACUUUCAUUUAAUGCUGCUUUUAGCCAACGCUGGCUAGCUUGGGAAGUGAUAGUCACUAAGUAUAUUCUGGAGGGGUAUAGCAUCACUGAUAAUAGUGCUGCUUCUAUGCUUCAAGUCUUCGAUCUUCGGAAAGUACUCACUACUUACUACGUCAAGGGUAUAAUUUAUUAUGUUACAACAUCCUCUAAGUUAGAGGAGUGGCUAGCUAAUGAGACAAUGCAGGAAGGACUCCGUCUGUGUGCAGAUCGAAAUUAUGUUGAUGUGGACCCCACCUUUAAUCCAAACAUUGAUGAAGAUUAUGAUCAUCGGUUGGCAGGCAUAUCCAGGGAAAGUUUCUGUGUGAUUUACCUUAACUGGAUAGAGUACUGUUCUUCUCGGAGAGCAAAGCCUCUAGAUGUGGACAAAGAUUCAUCACUGGUGACUCUCUGUUAUGGACUCUGUGUUCUAGGACGGAGAGCUUUGGGAACUGCAUCCCAUCAUAUGUCCAGUAAUUUAGAGUCAUUCCUCUAUGGAUUGCAUGCCCUAUUUAAAGGAGAUUUCCGUAUUUCUUCAAUUCGAGAUGAAUGGAUCUUUGCUGACAUGGAAUUACUAAGAAAAGUAGUAGUCCCUGGAAUCCGUAUGUCCAUUAAACUUCAUCAGGAUCAUUUCACUUCUCCAGAUGAAUAUGAUGACCCUACUGUGCUCUAUGAGGCCAUUGUAUCUCAUGAAAAGAACCUCGUGAUAGCCCAUGAAGGGGAUCCUGCGUGGCGGAGUGCAGUUCUUGCCAACUCUCCUUCCUUGCUUGCUUUGCGGCAUGUCAUGGAUGAUGGCACCAAUGAAUAUAAAAUCAUCAUGCUCAAUAGGCGCUACCUAAGCUUUAGGGUCAUUAAAGUGAACAAGGAGUGUGUCCGAGGUCUUUGGGCUGGGCAACAGCAGGAGCUUGUUUUUCUGCGCAAUCGUAACCCAGAGAGAGGUAGCAUCCAGAAUGCAAAGCAAGCUCUACGAAACAUGAUAAACUCAUCUUGUGACCAACCUAUUGGCUACCCAAUCUUUGUCUCACCCCUGACAACUUCUUACUCUGAUAGCCAUGAACAGCUUAAAGAAAUUCUUGGGGGACCUAUCAGCUUGGGAAAUAUCAGAAACUUCAUAGUGUCAACCUGGCAUAGACUAAGGAAAGGUUGUGGAGCCGGAUGUAACAGUGGUGGCAAUAUUGAAGAUUCUGAUACUGGAGGUGGAACUUCCUGUGUUGGUAACAAUGCAACAACUGCCAAUGAUCCCCACAGCAAUAUGUCCCAAGGAAGCUCUGGAAAUCCCGGGCAGGGAUCAGGAACUGGACUUCAUCCACCUGCUACAUCUUACCCUCCAACUCUAGGCACUAGCCACAGUGCUCACUCUGUGCAGUCGAGCCUUGUCAGACAGUCCCCUGCUCGGGCCUCUGUAGCCAGCCAGUCUUCCUACUGCUACAGCAGCCGGCAUUCAUCUCUCAGGAUGUCCACCACAGGAUUUGUGCCUUGUCGGCGCUCUUCCACCAGCCAGAUAUCACUUCGAAACUUGCCAUCAUCCAUCCAGUCCCGCCUAUCUAUGGUGAACCAGAUGGAGCCCUCCAGUCAGAGUGGGAUGGCUUGCGUACAGCAUGGCCUUCCUUCUUCAAGCAGCUCCAGCCAAAGCAUCCCCGCCUGCAAACACCACACUCUCGUGGGCUUUCUUGGGACAGAGGGGAGUCAGAGCAGUGCCACGGAUGCCCAGCCAGGCAACACCUUAAGUCCUGCAAAUAAUUCGCAUGCCAAGAAAGGGGAAGUGAUUUACAGAGUCCAAAUUGUGGAUCCCACCCAAAUUCUGGAAGGGAUCAACCUGUCAAAAAGGAAAGAGCUACAGUGGCCUGAUGAGGGAAUUCGAUUAAAAGCUGGGAGAAACAGCUGGAAAGACUGGAGUCCUCAGGAGGGCAUGGAAGGCCAUGUGAUUCACCGAUGGGCGCCUUGCAGCAGAGACCCAGGUACGAGAUCCCACAUCGACAAGGCAGUGCUUCUGGUCCAGAUUGAUGAUAAAUACGUGACUGUGAUUGAAACUGGGGUACUAGAACUUGGGGCUGAAGUGUGAGCUUGUGUUUUGUAGCCAAAUUUCUUUUCCCUCUCACUUCCAAAACCUUGGAAAAAGAGGAGCUUCCAGAAGAUGCCCACAGGAUCACUUUGAUCUUAUAUGGGAGAGACUGGUGAAUAGUGGCGUGGUUCAGCAUCUCCCCCUUCACCCUGGCUCUUGUCAUUGUCUCCAUUCCCAAAUAAAGCUGAAAUAUUUUUUUAAGUUAACCACAAGAAAACAUUUUGCAUGGAGGAUAAAGUUCUGUUAAAAUACAUCUUUAAAAAGUUUUUCCUA